CGCUUUCGCAGAAAGAAGCUACCACCGGCACCAACCGAUCCCAGCGCCAAGCUGUCCGAACAUGAGCAGUCCAAGGACUCUCAAGGCCUCCAGCUCCGAGUUGGACCUAGAUCGACCGAAUAUCGAGGACUAUCUACCAUCCGGAUCCACCAUUCAAGAGCCCCACGGCAAGCUUCGCCUGCGCGAUUUGCUCGACAUUUCUCCGACGUUAACUGAGGCUGCCGGUGCCAUUAUUGAUGAUUCAUUCACACGAUGUUUCAAGUCAAAUCCUCCGGAACCAUGGAAUUGGAAUGUGUACCUGUUUCCUCUGUGGUGUUGUGGUGUGGUAUUUCGAUAUUUCAUUUUAUUCCCCUUGAGGGUUAUAACAUUAACUAUAGGAUGGAUUAUAUUUCUGUCAUCGUUCAUUCCGGUGCACUUUCUCUUGAAAGGACAUGAUAAAUUGCGGAGAAAGAUGGAGAGGAUUUUGGUGGAGCUAAUUUGCAGCUUCUUUGUUGCAUCCUGGACUGGAGUUGUUAAAUAUCAUGGUCCACGACCUAGUAGACGACCUAAGCAGGUUUUUGUUGCCAAUCAUACUUCUAUGAUCGAUUUCAUCAUCUUAGAACAGAUGACAGCAUUUGCCGUCAUUAUGCAGAAGCAUCCUGGAUGGGUUGGAUUGUUGCAGAGCACUAUAUUGGAGAGUGUAGGAUGUAUUUGGUUUAAUCGCUCAGAGUCAAAAGACCGUGAAAUUGUAGCAAGGAAGUUAAGGGAACAUGUUCAGGGGGCCGACAAUAACCCUCUUCUUAUUUUUCCUGAAGGGACCUGUGUGAAUAAUCAGUACAGUGUUAUGUUUAAGAAGGGUGCAUUUGAACUUGGCUGCACUGUUUGUCCAAUUGCAAUCAAGUACAACAAAAUUUUCGUUGAUGCCUUUUGGAAUAGUAGAAAGCAGUCCUUUACAAUGCAUCUGCUGCAGCUUAUGACAUCUUGGGCUGUUGUCUGUGAUGUGUGGUAUUUGGAGCCCCAGAAUCUCAAGCCUGGAGAAACACCCAUAGAUUUUGCAGAGAGGGUCCGGGACAUAAUAUCUGUCAGAGCAGGUCUCAAGAAGGUUCCUUGGGAUGGAUAUCUAAAGUACUCUCGCCCUAGCCCUAAACAUAGGGAACAGAAGCAACAAAGCUUUGCUGAUUCAGUGCUUAGGCGACUGGAGGAAAAGUGAUAUGUGCAGUUCAGACAUUUGUUUCCUUUUACUUGUAUUUCUCAUGACACUUACACCUGAUUGUGGAUUUCAUUUACGUUGAAUCCUGAUCCUCUGAUCCUAGAAUCACUUAGAGGCAAGGGCUUGAUAAAAACUGCAUGGUAUAUAGUGUCUAAUUUGAGGUUUCAGUUUAAAAUAGAACACCAUAUAAAAGCUGCGAGCAAGUUUGGUCUUGAUGGGCCCACUUAAAUUUUGAUGGCAUCUCUGGACUUCUAAAAUACUAGGGUUGGCAGUAAGUUUUUUUAAAACUCUAAACCGAUUUCCAUGGAAGUGCAGUACUGAUGUUCCAUGUCAAGUUCGCUCUUGUUUGUUUUCAUAGAUCUACUUAUACGAGGCUUCAAGCAUGAACUAAUAAUAGCGCGUAGAGAAU